AUGACCACAAAGGAUUUUGUAUACAAGACCGUCGAGGGCCUUGACGUCGCAGCGACUGUGUACUUGCCUCAGACUGGAUUGGGAAACCGAGGCGCGAAGCUACCGAUUGCUAUUGGAUUUCAUGCAGGCGGCUUCACCAUCGGAUCCAGGUUUCUCUUCAAUCUCGAAGAGAUAGAGGUACUUCUCGACUUCGGAUUUGUUGUUGUGUUGGCGGAUUACCGUCUCUGCCCACAUGUCUCCCUCUACGAGGGCCCCAUCCAGGAUGCGGGGGAUGCUUUUCGUUGGGUGAAAACCACGCUCCCCGAGCUGAUCCGCAGGGAAGCAGGACUCACACUGGACCCAAGUCGCGUUGUCGCUUUUGGUCAUUCGUCCGGUGGUACUUUGGCUUUACACUUGGUGGGUUUAACCACAUUGUCCCGAUCCCUCCUCUCCAAGUACCACAUGCAUAAGGAAAUAGCUUACGUUCUUGCCUCGUUGUCACAGGGAAGCCUACCUGACCCCCCGCAAGCGAUUGCAGCAUUCUACGCAGCUGCCUACUUCUCUGACAGUUCCUGGAGCCAACCGACCCCCGGCUCGGAAAUGAUGCCUCCAAUUGAUCGGUCAUUUGCACAGCGUGUUCUCAGCGAGCCACCCCGUUCCAUGACCGUUGUCGCACCGGAGCAGUUUGUCGUACCGGGCACCAUGCCCAUGCCCGAUCUUUCCAAGCCUCGGGACGCCUGGAUGGCUCUAGCAUUCAAGGAAGGGGCACAUCUGGAGCGUUGUGUCCAGGACGGCGACCUUGCGCGUGUGGACCCAGCAACCUUCUUCUCGUCUGCAUUCCCGCCGACGAUCUUCUUGACUGGAACGAAGGAUACGUUUAUUGACCCGCAGUUCUCGCGGCGCGCGCAUGAAGAACUGGCGGGACUGGGGGUGGAGUCGCAGCUGAUUUUGGCGGAAGGAGGGCAACAUGGUUUUGAUUUUGGGCUGUCAAGGGAUGAGGUCCAGUUUAAGGAGAGUGUCCUUCCAGGCUACGAGUUUUUGGCCGAACAUGUUUAG